CUUAUCCAAAGUAGCCAAAGCUGUACUUUCUAGUUUCUACUAUGGCCAUCAGAUUUAGGCCUGACGGGGAAGGCAUCGACGACGAGUGAUGUAUCUAGGUGAUGAAAGUAAAGGAAACAGAUCUGCCUUGUCUAUGUUUGGUCAUCCAUCAGGUUCACGCAGUAAAUAAUGCGUAGGUGAAGAAUGAGGGUAUCCAAGAAGGUCUUCUUCUCCUUUAGCUUCCUUCCGUUUGUAAUCUCGAGAAUGCCAAAAUCAGCGAUCGUCUCCUUCAGCUCCCUUCGUGCGAACUUUUGGCCCAACCAUCUUCACGAAUAGUGUGACAGUAGACUCCAGACUCCACGAUGACGACAAAAUCCACAAAGUAUCUCACUAUCUCCCACUAAGGUGUUACCUGGAACAGUUAUGGAGGCUCCGAUGGGUAGGGGACGCAGUCCGGAUCAGAGACGUUCGAGAAAUUAGCAAAAUCCAUCGUGUAUACGUGAACUUUCUUACGAUUCGAUUCCAAGGUUGGAUCCAUUCCGUACCAUGCUAUUUCGAAACGAAUUAUCCAUAGAGCGGGAGUGAACGCAUUCGUGCCUUAAGGUUUUGGAGCCGCGCUAGAGCGUCGGCUAGGGCUUUGGAGAUGCGCAAAGUCUUCGCCGAUUGGUUUUUGCAUAGCUUCUCCAACGAGAGAGCAGCGAGGAGAUGAAGGGCAACACAAUAGGUGAGAUGCAAACUUUGGUCGGAAGAAAUAAGGGCAUAUUUGUGCCAAUCAUGAUGAACGGCAAUGCAAGAGACAUAAAGAUGAUGAAGACAAUAAGCGAUGACAAGAUGAAUAAGGAAGACGAGGUAUUGACGGCCCCUCCCCCUCCCGAACCACCACCUUGGAGCGACCGCGGAGUCAGGGAUCGGAGGCCGACGUUUCACCAUUGGAUUUGGUCAUCGCGCUCUUGUUCUCUAUUCUUCAAUCAUGUUUUUUUGCUAUCUCGUACUUUUUUAUUUCGUUAAUAAUUGAGAGUUGUGAGUGCUUUUAAUUUUUAGAAUGCGUGGAAGCAAUCAAGCUAAUGUAGUCGAUAAUAGCUUCGAAUCUCUCUCAUGUUAAGAGAUUAGUCCCGCUUAGUGUUAAAUAGUGUAUUCUAUGUCUGAUUAGGUAGUGAGAAAACCUAUUGACUAUAUAGUGUGUAGAGAAAAGUUUUGAAUAGAU